AUGCCAGCCCCAGAUUACGGUAUUCAGGAUGUGUGGCAGUCAAAUUUGGAAGAUGAAUUUAGAAAAAUUCGCCUAAUCGUUACAAAGUUUCCUUACGUUGCGAUGGACACGGAAUUCCCGGGCGUUGUUGCUCGGCCGGUUGGCGAGUUUAAGAACAAUUCCGACUUUCAGUAUCAAUUACUGAGGUGUAAUGUCGAUCUUUUAAAGAUUAUCCAGGUCGGGUUGACAUUUUACGACAGCGAAGGUCGAACGCCGUCUCCAACUUGCUCCUGGCAAUUCAACUUCAAGUUCAAUUUGACUGCAGAUAUGUAUUCGAAGGAUUCGAUCGACUUGCUGACGACGUGCGGCAUACAGUUCAAAAAGCACGAAGAGUGCGGCGUGGACGUCAACCAUUUUGCCGAACUUCUCAUGACGUCAGGGGUUAUUCUUUGCGAUAAUGUCAAGUGGAUAUCUUUUCAUAGUGGAUACGACUUCGGAUACAUGUUAAAGAUCCUGACCUGCGCUCCGAUCCCAUCUGACGAACAGGACUUCUUUGAAUUGAUCAGGAUCUACUUCCCCAACAUUUACGACGUCAAGUACCUGAUGAAGAGCUGCAAGAAUUUGAAGGGCGGCCUGCAGGAAGUGGCAGACGAGUUGGAGAUAUCACGCGUUGGUCCUCAGCAUCAAGCUGGAAGUGACAGCCUGCUAACUGGAUUGGUCUUUUUCAAAAUGAGAGAAAUGUUCUUUGAAGAUCACAUAGAUGACAUGAAAUACUGCGGUCAUCUUUACGGUCUUGGCACGUCUUACGUCGUUAAUGGUGCUGUUUUGUGUAUUGUUGGUCAAUCAAUCAAUCAAUCAACUUAUAAUCUUAUACAUCAAUCAACUGACCAAUCAAACAAUUGA